AAGGAGAGAGACACAGGAAAGGAGACAAGGAGAGAGACACAGGGAGAGAGACACAGGGAGAGACACAAGGAGAGAGACACAGACAGACAGACAGACGUGGAGACUCAACACGUGGGUUGCUUCUGAACAAGAGAGCCACUACACAGCAGCUCAGCGGUGCCCUAAUCUGAUGGAUCCACACUUCAAAUUGCCGUUCAUCAAGCAAGAAUACGAAGAGCAUCCAAACCCCGGGAUGUCUCCUAACCCGUUGGUGAAACGCGAAGAUGCCGAUGCUGGAGCUGUCGCGAUGCCGGAAGAUGAAGAAGAGAGGCUGGGCGAUGAGAAUUUGAGGGUUGUGGUGAAAAGUGAAGUGGAGCAAAACGCUCCGGACAACAACAUUUUUAAUGUCGACGGAGCCAAUAAUGAGAGGCCAGAGGAGGAUGAAGCGGAUUCCUACGGAAGCCUGAACACCACCAGUACCGCAGCGGCAGCGGCAACUGACAAGAACUUCAUUGAGGUGGAGUUGUUGGAGGAGGAUAUUGGUCAAGCCGACGAAGGGAAAGCAACGGAGCUCCUUUGCGAGGAGUGCGGCGGCUACGGCGCGACGGCGACGGCGACGGACAAGGCGCGACGCGACGACGACGGCGAGGCCCGGCGAGCUUGCGCGCGCUGCGGGAAGCCGCUCGAAGGCGCGGCGACGUGCGCCGCCGCCGCCGCCGCCGCCGCGGUCGCCGCCGUCGCCGCCGUCGCCGCCGGGAAGAAGCCGCACGCGUGCCAGGAGUGCGGCAAGGGGUUCACGACACGCUCCUACCUGAAGGCGCACGCGCGGACGCACAGCGGCGAGUGGUCGCACGUGUGCGGCGAGUGCGGCCGGGGGUUCGCGGUGCGCUCCAGCUACGAGGCGCACGCGCGCACGCACACGGGCGAGAAGCCGCACGAGUGCGCCGAGUGCGGCAAGCGCUUCGCGCGCGCCUCCGACCUCGUGAGGCACUCGCGGACGCACACGGGCGAGAAGCCGCACGUGUGCGCCGAGUGCGGCAAGGGCUUCACGCAGCGCUCCAACCUGGAGACGCACGCGCGCACGCACGCGGCGGAGAAGCCGCACGUGUGCGGCGAGUGCGGCCGGGGGUUCGCGCAGCGCUCCAACCUGGAGGCUCACUCGGCGUCGCACACGGGCGCCUGGCCCCUGGCGUGCGGCAAGUGCGGCAAGGGCUUCGCCCGCCGCUCCGACCUGGAGAAGCACUCGCGGAGGCACACGGGCGAGAAGCCGCACGUGUGCGAGUACUGCGGCAAGAGGUUCGCGCAGCACUCGAACCUGCACACGCACCUGCGCACGCACACGGGCGAGCGGCCGCACGCGUGCGCCGAGUGCGGCCGGGGCUUCGCCCAGCGCUCGCACCUGGAGGCUCACUCGGUGCUGCACACGGGCGUGUGGCCGCUCGUCUGCGGCGAGUGCGGCAUGGGCUUCGCGCAGCUCUCCGACCUGAAGAAGCACCGGCGGACGCACACGGGCGAGAAGCCGUACGUGUGCAAGGAGUGCGGCAAGGGCUUCUCGCAGCACUCGAACCUGCACACGCACGCGCGGCGGCACGCCGGGGAGAAGCCGCACGUGUGCUCCGAGUGCGGCAAGGGCUUCGCGAAGCGCGGCGAGCUGGAGGAGCACUCUGCGACGCACGCGGGCGUGUGGCCGCACUCGUGCGAGGAGUGCGGCAAGGGCUUCUUCCAGCGCUUCCUCUUGGAGGCGCACGCUCGGACCCAUGCCCGUGAGUAAGUCGCCCGAGUGGCGCGGGUGGGUGGGUGGGUGCGUGCGUGCGUUGAGCUUCUUUCGCCACCGUACGUGACCAACCGCGCUAAUCGCAGGUGGGUGCGGACUGGGGGAAAAGAACAACAAACUAAACACAAAGGAGCAGCUCUAAAAGAAAUGAGUUGUAUGUACGGACGUUGAACUUCUUUUGCUCCCUACGCGGCCGAACGCGCUAAUUGGAGGUGCGGGCGGGAAGGGGUGGGUGGGGGGGGGGGGGCGGCUGGGUUGAAGGACCGCAAACGAUUCUCCCUGUGCGCGCGCAGAGAAUGCGAUGGGAGUUUUCAGGAGAGAGGAGAGACGUUUUGAAAACUUAAGACCACGGUGACGGUGCCGCGCCCAACUGUUCAGCGGUUCCGAGUGGCCAGCGUGACCGGUCUGGUGUUUUUUUUUGCUCCUGCUGUAGAAUGUGAAAAUGUGUUCAUCGCAAACCCCCCCCUCCCCCCCCGACACCACGGCCUUUCAAGUGCCUUUCGGUAAAUCCCGCAAAGCUUCUGUUGAAUCGCACGAUUUCCGUCGGGACUGAGGUCUGAUUGAAUCAUCUCCUCUCGUGAUGAUAGGGAACUACAGUAAACCCUUGUUAAUUCGACACACAUGGGGCCCCGGCCUUGCCGAGUUAUCCAAUAUUCAGAAUUAUGUACAACGGUACUCCCCAAUGCCUCCUGCCACGAUACAAAUUUUUUUCCAAAUUUGUUUUCCAAACUCGGGUGCGAUUCCCGCUCACGGCCAAAACGGCCAAAACCAGUGACGGUUGUCUGAACCGGUCCUGGGCCUCCCCUAGGUCGACUCAGCCUCAAAUUAGUACCUGGUGCGGUGUGUAGUAAACAUUGCCACUGGGGAGACAAAGGCGGCCGGGCGUGGUGUUGGCCACCCACCCCUUCGUACGUCGUGCCGACCUUUGUAGGUGCUCGCUAACAGCACUUGCUCCUACAGUCUUCACGCACCAUACGCAUUGACACACGCCCCCGCAUCCAUUUUAUCCAAAGCUUUGGAUUUGUCUCGCACGCCAAGGGAUUUAUACUUCAGUCCCUUUCCAUUACUUCUUGAUGUGGGCGUAGACGACAUUUCUGAGAGGCUUGGCUUGCACAGAGUGCACAUAAACAAGGUGAUGUCCAAAGCGACCGGUCUGCACUAACGCUCACCACGAGCGCCACCAACGGACCGAGUCGUUGUUUUUGGUCGUGGCUCUCGGCGUUGCUCCACGCGCUAUGCCGAAAUUGGACCAUUCGGUACGGCAAUUCGGCUCGCGGCCAAUCACUAAUACACGCCGUAUAUAUGCCGAAAGGGCAGCCGUGCCGAAUUAUCCCCAAUUCAGAACGAUCAAAUACCGAAAUAACGAGGUUUUACUCUACAGUGUGACUUUAAAUGGUGUUUUCAUGUGUUAGAGAGCGGCUUUUGAUGCUUUGUUCGGGCUUUGGGAAAGCCAUCCCGAGGAGUAUUAUACUCCACACAAGCACGAUGCGACAUGUUAUGAUUACAAUCUCCAUUGCAAAUUUAUAUCCAUUAACUCCACCCCCCCCCCCUCCCCUCUGAUCUUCGCACUUGAUUGGCUCACAAGUGAAGGCAUUACAUUACGAAACAGCAGGAUUUCUCCACAUUUUUGGCUGUAUCGCCUGAUGAUGCUGGUUGCUGUUGUAAUUACUGGCGGCGAAACAUCACGGCUACUCGAAUUGUGAAUGUUGUAGUGGGUUUUACUCUCCAACACACAACCGGUUAGGGCUGUACUAGUAACGAAUUGCCCACGUUUUGUUUACGUGACAAAUCUCACUAAUUGGCUGUGCCGGGUGGCAGCGAGUUUAACGACACAUUUAUAUUUACGCAAUUUAACCCCAAGGAAAACUCUUAUGGACAACAUGGGAUCUGCUCCUUUGCAACCAAACACAGCGUAUGAUUAAUUACAAUAAUAUAAAAA